UUUAUAACUAGAAAAUAGUCAUUCUCCACGGCCAUUGCUACCGCUCUAUAACUAUUUCUUUCGGGCAGCCAGAUUGAGCGAGCGACGCGAAGCGAGGCGCGAGGGAUCUCUGGUUUUUCUUUUUCUUUUUUACGACGAAGAUAGAGAGAGAGCGAGAUAAACUGGGGGAGAAGAUCAUACGAUAUUCAUCUAUGCAAUCGACGCCCAACACUUCGAUCCUAUGAGCUGGUUUGACAAGCUACGUUGUUCUUCCAAUCUGAGCCGCUUCAUUGCCGGCCUUCUCAUCUUCAUUCUCUAUCAUUCUUUCCAGUUUGUUUCUAAUUUCUUGAUUCCUAUACACCCUUCAAAUAAAUCAUUAUAAUCGCUCGCUUUGUCAACGUUCCUAGCAAAUUCAGAUUCGGAUUUCUCUUUCGCGUCUUCCUUUCUCGUCUCUGAGAAUCACCCUUCUUCUUCUUCUUCUUCUUCUCCUCUCUCUCUCUCUCUCUCUCUCUCUCUCUCUCUCUCUCUAUGGAAUCCAAGGAAUUAUUCUCCACCAAUCUGCUAGACGGCACAUUUGCCUCCCAUAUUCAGAGGCAACAGGGUUCAAUACCUUCAGUUAUAAUCAUUGGUGGUGGUAUAUCGGGUGUAGCUGCUGCACAUAUCCUCAAUGAUGCAUCAUUUAAGGUGAUCUUGCUAGAAUCAAGGGAUAGACUUGGCGGACGUAUUCAUACAGACUACUCAUUUGGUUGUCCAGUAGAUAUGGGAGCAUCAUGGCUACAUGGUGUUUGCAAUGAGAAUCCCUUAGCUCCACUGAUACGUGGUCUAGGGCUUACAAUGUACCGUACAAGUGGUGAUAACUCUGUGUUGUACGACCAUGAUUUAGAAAGCUAUAUGCUCUAUGAUGUGGAUGGCCAUCAAGUUCCUCAACAUAUAGUCAUUGAAGUUGGAGAAACAUUUAAGAGAAUUCUAGAAGAGAUAGGGAAAGUAAGAGAUGAGCAUACUGAUGACCUGUCUGUUCUUCAAGCAAUUUCAAUUGUGUUGGAUAGACUUCCCGAUUUAAGACAAAAAGGACUUGCCCAUGAAGUGUUGCAAUGGUACAUAUGUAGAAUGGAAGCUUGGUUUGCAGCAGAUGCUGACAUGAUAUCUUUAAAAAGCUGGGAUCAGGAGCAUGUUCUUUCUGGUGGUCAUGGGCUUAUGGUGCAAGGUUAUGAUCCUGUAAUAAAGGCUCUUGCAAAAGAUAUUGAUAUACGUUUGAAUCACCGGGUUACAAAGAUAUCCAACGGGUGUAAUAAGGUGAUGGUCACAGUUGAGGAUGGGAGGAUCUUUGUUGCAGAUGCUGCUAUUUUAACAGUACCCAUUGGGGUUCUCAAAGCCAAAUUGAUUGAAUUUGAGCCAAAAUUGCCUGACUGGAAGCUUUCUGCUAUUUCUGAUCUUGGUGUAGGAAAUGAAAAUAAGAUUGCCCUGCAAUUUGAUAAAGUUUUUUGGCCAAAUGUAGAAUUUCUGGGCACUGUUGCACCCAGUUCAUAUGCGUGUGGUUAUUUUCUCAAUCUUCACAAGGCAACAGGCCAUCCAGUCCUUGUCUACAUGGCUGCUGGAAGGUUUGCAUACGAUCUUGAGAAGCUGUCUGAUGAGUCUACUGCAAAUUUUGCGAUGUCACAACUCAAGAAAAUGUUUCCUGAUGCAACUGAGCCGGUUCAGUAUCUCGUGUCUCGUUGGGGAACAGACCCAAACUCUCUUGGUUGUUACUCGUAUGACUUGGUUGGAAAAUCUGAAGAUGUCUACGAGAGGCUUCGAGCACCCAUGGGUAAUCUUUUCUUUGCUGGAGAAGCAGUUAGUGUGGAAAAUCAGGGAUCUGUCCAUGGAGCUUACUCAGCUGGAGUCAUGGCUGCUGAAAACUGUCAGAUGCAUCUUUUAAAAAAACUUGGUGACAUGGAGAAGCUCCAAUUAGUUUCUCUUAGGAAUGAAAUUCUGAAAGAUGCAAUUCCUCUCCAGAUCUCGAGAAUGUAGUAUCUGCAGUUGACAUAUCUAAGAAAUGAAAAUUUGUUUAAGUCUUCUUCAAAA